ACAAUCAAACGUUUUACUACUUCAUACUCGACAUUAAUAAGCAUCCAGCGAUGCAUUCCACUCGGAUUCAUAAAGUGAUCAAUCAGAUUAUUUCUUUCGUUCGUUUUAUCGGUCUCGGGCAUGGAGAAGACAGGCAUACACUUACUCAACUCAGACUGAAGUCAAUUUAUUGCAUCUAUUACCUGUUAUUUCCCAUUUCAUUUUUAAUUGGAGCAAUUACAAAAGAAACCGUCGAUGAAAGUAUUUUCUUAGCCGAAAUAUUCCUUGUUGGCACAGUGAUGACCAUUAAAAUUUGGAUGAUCCUUUGGAAACAGCAGCAACUUAUGCGAUUGCUAAAUCGCAUUUGUGUCUUUUCAAUUCGAAAUGAUGAAGAGUUCUCAUUUUUCAAUGUUAAAGUUGAAAGAUUCAUCAAAUUUGUGAUUGUAUUCGCAUGUGCUACUAUCGUUGGUGGUUUGGGAGCCGCUACUUUCCCCUUCAUUGCCAAUAAAAAGGUGCUUAUUUUGAACAUAGCUUUUCCAUUGGAUUAUAAGCACAGUCGAAUUGGAUUUGCUUUGGCGUAUAUUUUCUUCGUUACCGAAAUGGUUCUCUCGUUCCUGGGGAUGGCGUUUUCUGUGAUAGUUUGGUACUUACUGCUGCAUUGUUCUUUAAGAUAUAAAAUUCUAGGAAUGAAAAUAAGAAACAUGGGACGAGCCACAGGUGGCGACAGUAACGUGAAAAUAUUGGGAAAGGAACAGCAGAUUUUUCAACAGGAACUUGUGGCUUCGAUUGAAUCUUAUCUUCAUUUAAGAGGAUUAAUCGACGAACUGGAAUCAUUUUUAUCAAAACUCUUUCUACUACAAUUUGCCACCAGUGCCCUCUGUAUCUGCGCCUCAAUUUAUUGCCUGGCAUUCGAUGUUAGUGUCAACUUUGUGGAACGCGGCAUUCAUGUCUAUACGUUAUUUUACCACACAGCUGAGUUGUUUAUGAUAACGUACUUGGGGAAUGAGAUUAUGUUGUCAAGUAGUUGGCUUAAAUACAGUUUGUUUGAAUCGGAAUUUGUCGGGCAACCACAUUCGACGAAGAGAUGCAUACUUGUUUUUGGUGAAUAUUUGAAGCAACCGCAUGAGAUGCUGAUCGGCAAAUUGUAUCCGUUGACGUUGGAAACAUUUACAAGGGUAAGGGUUAUUGUUGGUUGUAAAUUGGUUCGCUGCGUUUAGUGCAUGCAGUAUUUU